UCCCCUGCUUUAAAUCCGAUGGUCCGGUGCAGUUCCGUAGACGCACAGCCUCCUCCUCCAGCAGAGCAGCGCCGCGGCUCGUGUUCCUCCGGUAACAUGCUGUGCAGCGCGCGGCAGUAGACAGUAUCGCUGGACCGUAAGAGUCUGCUCUCCUUCCACAACAUAUCAACACAUCGAGGGAAACUUCGCCUUUCUUGGAUACGGUCUGACCUAGGGGCCUUGGUAUUGUCACUGCGCACACAGAGACGUAUCAUCAUGGGAAAACAGAACAGCAAACUCAGGCCCGAGAUGCUACAGGACCUGCGGGAGAACACGGAGUUCACUGACCACGAACUGCAGGAGUGGUACAAGGGGUUUCUGAAAGACUGCCCCAGUGGGCAUUUGAACGUUGAGGAAUUUAAGAAGAUCUAUGCCAACUUCUUCCCAUACGGUGAUGCCUCUAAGUUUGCUGAGCACGUCUUUCGUACGUUUGACACCAACAACGAUGGGACCAUUGACUUCAGGGAGUUCAUCAUUGCUCUGAGUGUGACAUCACGGGGAAAACUGGAGCAGAAGCUAAAGUGGGCCUUCAGCAUGUAUGAUCUGGACGGCAACGGUUACAUCAGCCGCGAUGAAAUGCUGGAGAUCGUGCAGGCCAUUUAUAAGAUGGUGUCAUCUGUGAUGAAAAUGCCUGAGGAUGAAUCCACACCAGAGAAGAGGACAGAUAAGAUAUUCAGACAAAUGGACCUGAACAAUGAUGGCAAGCUGUCUUUGGAAGAGUUCAUAAAAGGUGCCAAAAGUGAUCCCUCCAUUGUGCGGCUACUGCAGUGUGACCCCAGCAGCGCUUCGCAGUUUUGAGUCGCUCCAGACAAGCCGCUCUCAAUAAAGGACAUGCGUACAUCUGAAGAACAAAGACAACACCUGCCAGGACAUUCCCUGUCUGCUGCGUGUCAUCCGUCCUUGUCUCUGCAGAAGCUGAUGGAGUUAUCGACUCCAAAAAUAUAUAAAAAAGUGGCUGAUCGUGUUCCAGGGUCCAGAUUUUGGAAAGGAAUGUUCCUUUUUAGGAAUCGUGCAUGCGCUCUUGAUCUUCACCACCCUUCCUGUGUUUAAUAUCUGUGCUGUUUUGUUUCUCUUUCCUGCUGUUUUGUGAGGGCACAGUUCCCCAUCUACUUUUUAUAUUGACAUUUAAGUGUAUAUACAGUAUAAAUGCAUAAAGAAACAUGUUAGGACUACAAAGAAAGGCAGUUAUAGACGACUUUUUACACACAUGCAUUUUACGGCAGUAUUAUGUAGCUUCAGGCAGUGUCCAAAACUUCGCCUCCAAUUGACCCAGUGGACUGAUGGACUGAAUGUUGGGAUUUUUCUGCUCUGGCGCUCAUGAUCUUUAUUUUACAAAGAGAAGGCUGAGGAUCCCGUUCUUGAAUUCUGUUCAUUUAAUUUUGUUGUUGUUGUUGUAAAUAUGUGGUUUGCUUCCAUAUUUCCUUAUUUAUUUUUUGCAUUUUAAUGGUGUUUAUUUUACCAAGGGUGAUUUUAUUACUGUCGAACCGAAACUUGGUGAUGUAUUAUGCCGUUUGGAGUAAGUUGCUAGUCAUUCGAGGCUUUUCAAUGCAUUGUGGGAUAUUUUUGCAUCAGGGGACACAUUCCGUUGAAUGGAAGACACUGGUAGCACAUAUCAUUUGAAGCGCUUCAUCUGUGUGCGUGCGGUUAUGCACGUUUGUAUGUACGCAAGAAUGACAGUUUGCAUGUUUUAGUGUAUGUAUGCAUCUGUGCUAACUUUAUAGUAUUACUUUGUGUAGUUCAAUACGAUAUCUUUGUAUGCAAGUAAGUUUUUGAACCCCGAUUUGAAGCAGCAAACUCGUGAUACCUUUAUCAUGCGUCAUAUGGUACUCAGUAUCACAAUCUUAGGUUUCCAUCAGCAACAUAGACGGAAUGUACAAUGCUAUAAGUUAUAAUCAUGUCUCACCUUUAGAUAAAGAGUUUGAAUCCUGAAAGUGAUCACUAAGGGCUUAUUUCCACUCUUGAAUGAACAGGUGUAAGGAGAAGGCCACUGCUUUGGUUUUUCUUUUCAUUUUAUGCAAUGACUGACAUUCCAUGACCUGAAUUCUCCAGGUGCUCCUGCUUUUGUAACAUACAGUAUUAGCUCGUGAACUCCAUACAUGCCCACUCUCAAGACAAGUGUAGCUCUCUCACAUUGCAUCCAUGUUACUUCCAUAUUUGUACCGAGACCAUAUUUGAUGCUGCACCCUCUAUGGCAACUUUCCUCUAUUAUGUUGCAUGAAAAGCUCAUGCGAGGACAUAAUGAUUGUCCCCUUUUACUGACGUUGAAAAAUAUACUUCUGUGUUUAGAA